GUGAAAUGGCUUUGAGACAGUCGCCGCGCCGGUGCACGGUUCCGUUCGCUCACAGUGAAUUCCGCCGGUCGAAUCGCUGUUUUCGUUGCUCUCGGAAGACCUGGUGGAACGAGCACGUUCGGUGUGCUCUGGGACAUGGAACACGAUCAUGGCGUGGGUCAUGGAGGUAUGGGCGGCAUGGCGAUGUCGUUUAAUUUCAACGUUGAUCCCGUUCUGCUCUUCAAUUUCUGGCAUCCGAAAAAUGGAAUCGCCCUCGCUGGCUCUUGCCUGCUGAUCUUCGUCUUGACCGUCGCUUUCGAAGCGUUGAAAGCCUACCGGGAAAAACUCUACGUGCAAUCGAGACGGGAUUCGAGUGAUUUAGGCUCUUCGAACCCCAGGUCGAUGCUAGAGCCCAAUCACUUGAAACAAUGCGCCCUCUACACCCUUCAAAUAACGAUCGGUUACCUGCUGAUGCUCCUGUUCAUGACUUACAACGGUUUUGUCGCGAUCACCAUCAUAAUUGGAGCCGGAUUCGGAUUCCUGGUCUCUGGAUGGAAAAAGUACCUCAUGCUCGAAAUGGUUUCGGACCACUGUGGAUAGAGGAAUAUCGACGAGGCGGCUGCUCGGUGCAAACUCCUUUAUCUCGGACCCUCAUAACUCAUGUGAGAAAUGCCUCGCUCUGAGACUCGCUAAAGCUGUGAAUAAAAACUCGAUGGGUCAUGUGGCUUGGAACACAU